UUGACCGACUCUUAGAUUUAUAAAUAUAGACAUCGUCCAAAAAACCAUCUCUCAUUCAAGGUAAACAAUGUCUUCGAAAAAGAUUGUGUUGACAAGCUCUGAUGGCGAGUCUUUCGAAGUUGAGGAAGUGGUGGCGAGAAAAAUGCAGACCGUAAGGCAAAUGAUCGAAGACGACUGUGCUACUAACGAAAUCCCGCUUCAAAAAGUUACAGGAAUGAUCCUCGCCAUGGUUAUCGAGUAUUGCAAGAGACACGUCGAUGAUGAUCAUGUAGCAACUGAGGAUGCGAAGAAGAAGCUCAAGGAUUGGGACGAAGUGUUCAUGAAGAAUGUUGAUGCUGAUAAGACCGUCAGCCUCCUUAUUGCUGCUGACUAUCUCAAAGUGUGACGGUAUCUUCUUGAUCUCACUUCCCAGGCCGUUGCAGAUUAUAUCAUAGAAAAGAGAGUAUAGGAACUUCGAGAAAUCUUUUAGCUUACACACCCGAAGAAGAAGAAGAGAUUCACAAGGAACACUCUUGGGCUCUUAGAGAUCCA